GCUACUAAAAAGAGUUCAGAGCCAUGCAACAGAAGUAGAGAGAAGGGGGGAGGAAAGCUCGGGCUCUGUGGCUUCCCUUUCUCUUGCUUUUUAUAUGUUGGAGGGGGUACGCUGGGGUUAUGGGGUUCGAGAGGUUAGGCGAGGAACAGGGAGCGGGACAGAGAACGAGGCGCUAGCGUUUCUUGCUUGGCUUACGUCUCUGUCUUUCUCCCUUGACUUUGGGACAGGGAGAGAGGGUGUUGAAGGCUUUUGUUCAUCCCACAGCUGAUGCUUUUGCCUCCUCUCGCCUCUGCUUCAGAUCUCUCCCUUCUGCUCUUUGCUUUCUUAGUGUGUUUUCCCCAUUUUUCUCUUCCGUUUCUUUCAUUUUUCGUUAGAUUUCGGCUCGAUCCCCUCGAGGUGCUGCUGCAUGUCCUUGCGGAAUCGAGAAGAAUCGUGUGGGAGGCGAGUGCACUCGGUAGAUCUGCCACUGCCGUCACUGCUACUCGGAGGAAAAGAAGGCGUCUUCGAAGGAGAACGAAGCGACGUUGAGAAGAACAACCAAGGGAUCUUUGAUGAGUUUUGGGAGUUUGUACGACGGCGGCUCUGGCGGCGGCGCUCGUCUCGUAGGCGACAUGCCGUUCGGCAACCCUGCCGGCGCCGUCUCCCACCCGCGCCUUCUUUCGUCCUCGCUCCACAAGUCCAUGUUCAGCUCUCCUGGUCUCUCCCUCGCCCUGCAAACGAAUUUGGACGCGCACGGAGUUCGGAACUUGGCCCCGGUGGUUGGCGGCGGUGGAGGGCAGCUGGAUUCUGCUCGUCGGAGCAAGGAAGAUGAGAACGGGAGCAGAUCGGGGAGCGAUAACUUGGAAGGCGGAUCUGGAGACGAUUUGGAGCAAGAAAACCCUCGGAAGAAGAAGAGAUACCACCGCCACACCCCUCAGCAGAUCCAGGAACUGGAAGCUCUUUUCAAGGAGUGCCCUCACCCCGACGAGAAACAAAGGAUGGAGCUCAGCAACCGGCUUUGCUUGGAGGUUCGCCAGGUCAAGUUUUGGUUCCAGAACAGACGAACGCAGAUGAAGACCCAGAUGGAACGGCACGAGAACAUGAUCCUAAGGCAAGAGAACGACAAGCUUCGAGCGGAGAACCUAUCCAUCAGAGAGGCCAUGAGGAACCCCAUGUGCUGCAACUGUGGUGGCCCGGCGGUACUCAGCGAGAUCUCCCUCGAGGAGCAGCACCUGAGAAUCGAUAACGCUCGCCUCAAAGACGACCUCGACCGCGUCCGCGCCCUCGCCGGGAAAUUUCUCGGAAAGCCCGUCUCCGCCUUGGCCGGCUCGCUCCCUCUCCCGUUGCCGAACUCGUCGCUGGAGCUCGCGGUCGGAACGAAUGGUUUUGCCUCCGUCGGCACGGUGGCCGCCGCGACGUUGCCUCCGCUGACUGAUCUCCCUUCUGGGGCAUCAAGCCCUCUGGACACCGUCAUUACUCCCUCGCGGGCCGUAGGCGGCGUGGACAAAUCGCCGGACAGGUUCGUGUUCUUGGAGCUUGCACUCGUAGCCAUGGACGAGUUGGUGAAGAUGGCCCAGUUGGAGGAGCCCCUGUGGAUUCCGAGCUUGGACGCCGGCAGAGAAACCCUGAACCACGUCGAAUACGACCGGUGCUUCUCCCGGUGCAUCGGCCCCAGGCCCACCGGCUUCGUUUCCGAGGCCACGAGGGAGACCGGGGUGGUCAUCAUCAACAGCUCUUCCCUUGUUGACACUCUCAUGGAUGCUGCUCGAUGGGCAGACAUGUUCCCGUCUGUGAUCGCAAGAGCGAGCCCUGCGGACGUGAUCUCCAGCGGCCUGGGUGGGACUAACAAUGGUGCACUCCAGCUUAUGCAUGCGGAGCUCCAAGUUCUGUCUCCCUUGGUUCCUGUUCGAGAAGUCUGUUUCCUUAGGUUCUGCAAGCAGUUGACUGAGGGCGCUUGGGCCAUAGUUGACGUCUCCAUAGACGGAAUUAGAGGCACCCCAUCUGCCUCACCAGCUAAGACGCAAUGCCGCAGGCUUCCUUCCGGAUGUGUGGUGCAAGAUACGCCUACUGGCUAUUCUAAGGUCACAUGGGUGGAGCAUGCCGAGUACGACGAGGCGGCAGUCCCGCCGCUGUACCGCCCGCUGCUGCUCUCCGGGUUGGCCCUCGGUGCCCGCCGCUGGGUGGCCUCGCUCCAACGCCAGUGCCAGUCUCUCGCCAUCCUCGUGUCCUCCUCCCUCCCUCCUGAUGACAACACCGCGAUAACGCCGAGCGGACGGAGGAGCAUGCUGAAGCUGGCGCAGCGGAUGACCGACAACUUCUGCGCCGGCGUCUGCGCGUCGUCGGCCCGCGAGUGGAAAAAGCUUGGCGGCGGGAUCAACAUCGGGGAGGACGUGCGGGUGAUGACGAGGCAGAGCGUGGCCGACCCCGGGGAACCGCCGGGGGUGGUGCUCAGCGCCGCCACCUCGGUGUGGCUCCCAGUUUCACCGCAGCGCCUGUUCGACUUCCUCCGCAACGAGCAGCUCCGCAGCCAGUGGGACAUCCUCUCCAACGGCGGGCCCAUGCAGGAGAUGGCCCACAUCGCUAAGGGCCAGAACACCGGCAACGCCGUCUCCCUCCUCCGAGCCAGCGCCAUGAACGCGAAUCAGAGCAGCAUGCUGAUACUGCAGGAGACGUGCACGGACGCGUCGGGGUCGCUGGUGGUGUACGCGCCGGUGGACAUCCCGGCCAUUCACCUCGUCAUGAGCGGCGGUGACUCCGCCUACGUCGCUCUCCUUCCCUCCGGCUUCGCUGUCCUCCCGGACGGCCUACCCAGCGGCAGCGUCGGUGGAGCGCGCAAGGCCGGUGGCUCUCUGCUGACCGUGGCGUUCCAGAUCCUAGUGAACAGCCAGCCAACUGCGAAGCUGACGGUGGAGUCGGUGGAGACCGUCAACAACCUAAUCUCCUGCACCGUCCAAAAGAUAAAGGCGGCGCUCAACUGCGAGCCUUGACGAAGCAGCAGUGUAGGGGAGAGUGCCAUGGCAUGGGUUGAGUCAAGAACGAACCGCGCGAACAAAGAUCCCUAGCACCGAGCGAUGGUGGUGGUUCGGGCAUUGACUCUGUCUCUAAAUGCCGUCGCUCCACCGCCUGCUGCGUUAUUCAAUUGAUGUUGUCGUGUGGCUUUUGUUUCGUGUGUGGAAGACUAUGUUGUACGCUUGCUUCACGAGUAUUGGGUUUCAUCUAAGAACGAGAUGGUUGAGUUGUAGCAAGUUCAAUAAAUGUUGGCGAUGGUAAGGAAGUCAUACUCUUCUUCCUCCUUGAUUCAUUUCCAUGACUAUGUGACAUGCAUCUCACACAGGCCAUGCUACAUAUUUGAUCUAAGAAUUCUAUGGUAUACAUGAAAAACAUAAUCGGUA